AUGUACGGAUCAAGAGUUGUCGGUCAGAUUCUCCUGCGAUGGAACUCUUCAAUUAUUUGGAUAUUAUCGUUCGCAGCUAUGAGAGGGAGGCGUCUGGAUGUGAGUUGGGCCAGUUUGUUAGUUACGCGAUUGGAGCGAAAAAACAUCUUUAUCCGCUCUGGUUUUUGCUAA